AUGAAUGGCUCGCAGACGCUGGAUGCCAAGCACGUCCUUCGCCCCUUAUCUCCUCAUCUCCCCGUUUACAAGCCACAGCUUAGUUCGACGUCUUCAAUCUCCAACAGAAUCUCGGGGGCUUUCCUGACGGCUAAUGUGCUGGCUUUCUAUAUGCUUUGUCUGAAGACGGGUCCUCUUUGUCUCACCUUUGAGAACUUCUACCAGUUCCUAUUCUAUUCGUCGAAGCUCACCCUAGUCUCAGCUGAGCUUGCUGCCUUAGCCAUGUCCUAUCAUGUGUAUGCUGGCGUUCGCCAUUUAUUGAAGGAUUUUUCGGGGGUUUCCUUGAAGAGAUGA